UUGGUUCAACCGGAGAAUGGCGUUGUGCUAGGCAGUAACUUUGUAACAUACCACUCAGAUGGUUCGCCAAAUACCUGUCGAGUUGUAUUCAAGGAGCCCAUCACCUUACAACCCAACGUCAGCUAUCUGGCCAGUGCUACUAUCAAGGGCCAGGAUUCCUAUUAUGGAACGGGUGGAAGGCGAGAGAUUAGCCAUGAAUGCAGGGCCGGUGGCAAAGUCACUUUCCAGUUCGCCUACGCGGCUUGUAUGAAUAAUGGGACCUCGGUUGAAGACGGACAGAUUCCUGAAAUUAUCUUCUUUGUUUGA